AUGAAGCUGAGCUUGAUUGCCCUCUCUGCUGCGCUGGCUGUCGCCGCGGCCGACACUACCAGCACCACCGAGCCCACAGCCACCGUGACGCUGAGUCCCGAGGCUCAGUGUGCCACUCACUGUGACCGCAACGACACCUGCUGCAUCGCCAAGUGCUACCACGUCCCCUGCCCCAACGCGACCCAGGCCAAUGACACCAACAGCUGUGUCCGCGCUUGCCCCCAGGGCACCGGUUCUCCCGAGGAUACCAAGAAGUUUGCCGACUGUGAGCAAAGCUGCUACAGCUCUCACUUUUUCCCUGCCGAUGGCGCCACUGCUCAAGCCACCUCUACUACCGUGACCCACAAUGGUGUUACCACCACCGAAACUAGUUUCGCACAGUCUACCAGCUCUUCGAAUGGCGACUCCACCCAGUCCAGCGGCACUGCCACUAGCACCGGUGCUAUCCAGACCGAGAACGCUGCUGCCAACAUUCGGCUGGGUGCCUCUGGUGCCGGCCUAUUUGGCCUGGUCCUUGCCGCUCUCGCCCUGUGA